UUAUUUAUAAUACUUAUUUUUCUUUUUCGUUUAUAGCGAAAAUGUCGCCUGUGCGUUUGAUCACAUUUGACGUCACGAACACGAUAAUGCGUGUCGCCCGAAGUGUAGGACACAACUAUGCCAACGUAGCACGCAUGUACGGACAAGACGUAGACGCUGUUAAACUUAAUAAAUCUUUCCGAACCGUUUACAAGACAUACAAUGACUUGUAUCCAAACUUUGGCGUUCAUAACGGAUUGACUCCAUUUGUAUGGUGGAAUAAAGUAGUUGUUGAUUCUUUCAAGGACGCCGGAAGUGACGGGGAGAAUUUAGAUAAGAUCGCUCAGCAUUUGUAUGUAAUGUUUUCCACUUCACAAGGUUGGGAGAUUUUGCCUGACGCCGAAAAGACAUUAUCGAACCUUAAAGGAAGACGUUUAAAGCUCGGAGUAAUUUCAAAUUUUGACGAUAGAUUGGAAAAGAUAUUGACACAGAUAGCGUUGAGGCAUUAUUUUGACUUUGUUUUAGCAUCGGCGGUUGUUAAAUAGC